CCCAUCUCAAUCAUUCUCCUAUGUCUCCAAUUUUCAUCUCCUUAUCAGUUUCCAAAUUCCUCAUUCUCAUAGAUUUUCAAUUAUCAUCUCCUCAUCCUCCACUUCAACACAAAUCUUAAUUGCCCAAACUCCAAUUUAUCAUAGAUCACUUCUGCUCGCGCGUCGGCCGCCGUGCGUCACCGUCAGAACCUCAGCCGCGAGCUUGCCGUGAGACCUCAGUCCUCGUCGGAGGUCCUCGCCAUCCGCCCUCCACUUCGCUCUCGCCGCCCUUGGGUUGCCUUGGGUUUAUUUAAUUUUGUGCGCCAGGCGGUGACCCGUGGAGCACUUUCAUUUUUUCUUUCGGUUACAAGAAUACUACUUCGAUUGAGGUGACCUGUGAAGAACAUUUCAUUUUUUCUUUUCGUUACAAGAACACUACUUCGAUUCAGGUAACCUUCUCCAAUUUUUUUUACCUACUUAAUACUUCAGGCCAGCUACUUCUGCUUUUCUUUUUAAAUCGAUUAGAUGUACGAUUGUCAAAAAUUUUCGCAAAGGGCCAUGCGUAGCGGUAGGGGAGAAUUGGUUUCUGUCGGAGUCAUUAACUGCUAACACUAUUUUAUAUUUGUAUAAUAUCCGUUCCGAUUUUGUUUCUGAAUUUUUUUGGAAAUAAUAACUCCGAUUCCUGGUACGUUAGUUCUUACUCUUACAAAGAUUGAGUUAAAAUAUCCAUUUCUAGGUUGUGUUGUGGGAGCAUCUCAUUGAAUAAGCCAUUAAUUGGCAUAGACUGUCAGGAUUUAGUUUAAGGAUUUAAUUAAUAAAUUGGAUCUUUUUUUCACCAUUUUCUUCAAGUGUGUUGGUUUACUUGUUAGAGGACACGCUUUUGUUGCAUGUGGUGUCUGCAUUUCUGUUUCCACUAAAUUAUUAUGUUUUGUAUCUGUCUAAUAUCACAUUGCAGUUUUGUUUUUUCCUUUCUAAAACAAGCUGAUAUUUUUUUUUUUAUGUAUUUUUUUUUUCAUUUCUGCAUUUUUGGGAAAAGAUUAUCUCCAACUUCGGGAAAGUUACUUCUAACUGAGUGAGACCAAUGUGAUGGCAAACAUAUAUUUUCAUGUAUCCUCUUCAUGUGUAGUGUAAGCUAUCUGUUGGCAUAGACUGUCAGUUUAAGGGUUUAAUCAACAAUUUUAAGGAUUUUUCCCAUUUGCUUCAAGUGUUGGUUCCGUAGUUCAAAGGACAUGCUCUUGAUGCAUAUCUUGUCUGAUUUUUUUUUUUUUUCCUUUAAAUUCUUCCAUUCUAAGCAUGUCUUGUAUCACGUCCAGAUUAGUUCAAGGGAUUUUCGCAUUUGCUUCAAGUGUUGGUUCCUUAGUUAAUAUUGGUUACUUCCUUAUCAGCAAUGACAUCCAGAUUAAACUAUACCACCUUGAGAGUUAGUCUACACAAGAAGCAAGUUAUGUUCUCUGUCAUCAAGAUUAAAGAAAAUGCAAUAUUAAGAUCAUUCCUUCUUGUUUAUUCGUUUCCUGUUUGUAUUUAUUUCGCGUGCGAUGCAUAAUAUGUCUGCAAAGAAAAGGGAAGAUUUUUCUAGCGAAAAAUUUUCGUGGAUAGGUUGUUGUAGUACUCAAUAUUUAUUUGGACAUGUUUAUUGAGCCAUUAAGUCUGCAAUGUCUCAUAAAAUCUGGUUUAAGGGGUUAGUUACAUGAGAGUUAUUUCACCCUCUUCUUAGCUUUUAAUGCUAUAUGAUUAUGAUUCGUGGUUGCUGUCUUUCCAGUUUGCACCUAACCUGACUUAUAUCUCAUUGUUAUUCUGUGUGUACGUGUGUUUCCUGUUCUGGUUUAACAUUUAGACAUUUUUAUCGACUAGCAAAUUGUACGAGGCUCUCAAUUAUCAGCAUACAUUUAUUAUUUUUGUCAACAAUUUGUUGUUACAUAUAAAGUCCGUAUCCUAGAAUCUUCUUCUGUUUCUGUACUUGGAGUACUCUACACCUUCUCCUUUGUCGCUUAAAAAGUUAGUAUUAGAUUAUAAGAAGAACACAUUUUAAGACUUUCACCAUGAUAUUUUUUCACUUAAUUAAUAUCAAAAUAUAAUAGCAGAAUGGAGCCAAAACCGUCGUUCAACUUGCAUUAAGAAAAGCAAAAUUCUAAAUUAGUUGACAUAAAAUCUCAACUUCACUAAUAAUGAGCAGAUUAAUACCAGUCACUCAUGGCGGAUGAGCCUGAUUUGAAGUCAAGCCCUGGCAUGACGGUCGAUGAAUGCCAGAAUAUGAUCCAGAGAAGUCUCCGAACUCCCAUGGUGAAAUUUCUGAAGGAGCACCUGGAGAAAUCGGGAUGUGGUAUUGGCAGCAAUUUCAUAAAGGCUGUCAAUUGUAAAGGAGCUACUGCUGGUGGUUAUGUUAAGGGUGAAGGGAUAGUGGUAUGUAGUAAUCACCUGCAAAUCCAAGAUGAGGUAACACAAGUGGUGAUUCAUGAGCUCAUUCAUGCAUAUGAUGAAUGUCGUUCUGCAAAUUUGGACUGGUCUGACUGUGCUCACCAUGCAUGCAGUGAGAUAAGGGCCGGCCAUCUCAGUGGAGAUUGCCAUUACAAAAGGGAAUUACUUCGUGGCUUUAUGAAGCUGAGAGGACAUGAGCAAGAUUGUGUGCGGCGAAGAGUGAUGAAAUCAGUGACAGCAAAUCCAUAUUGUUCGGAAGCAGCAGCAAAGGAUGCAAUGGAAGCUGUUUGGGAUAUUUGUUAUAACGACACUAAGCCCUUUGACCGUGCUCCUUGACAAUAUUAACAUUGCCGUUUCUUUGUUUUGGUCCGGAAUUCGAUUUUGUUCGAACAUCUGAGGGAUUUUUUUUUUAUUUCCCCCUUUUGUUGGUUGUUUACACAUACUGUUUGCUACGAUAUGUUUUGUGCCUUUAUUAGGGAACUUUUUCUAGAAAGUUUUGACCCCUUAUGUUAAAUUGUUAAGCUUAAAUUGAAGUAUACAACUAAUGUUAAGUCUCAAUUUAAUGUUUAUGCUACCAUGUUGGUUUUGCUAAUCCAAUUUUAAAUGUGUCCUGGGGAUUUGGU